UUGCUCUUGUCAGAGUGGGAAGGGAGUUAUUGCUCCUUUCCUGGGGUAAGCUAUUUGAGAAAGAAAGUAACCUAACACUAAUGGCAGGCGGGGCGGGGUGAUGUAACAGGAAGCGGUGAUGUUUCCCUUCUGCGGCUGAUCACUUACAAUCUGACAACACUCCCCAUCUACUCAGAGCAAGUCCGGCUCUCUCCCGCGGUGAAGUCCUGCCCUAGACCAUCAGGCUCCGUUGCUGGAACUCACCCUGCCUGCAGGACCACAUUGCAAGACUUAGACUUUUCCCGCACCUCGUCUGGGGUGGAAAACUCUCUUCUGCGGAAUCUCAGAAAUCCAAUUCCCUUCUGAGACCGUUUCCCACAGAAUUUCCUUAGGAGCUGUGCUGGGGCCCUAUGAUGAUACACCAACAACUUGUGCUACCAACUGUCAAAACUUUGGAUGGUCUAACACUCAGGUCAUGACCCUUGUAAUUAAGAAGUUCUUGAAGACAAUGUCGAAUAUGAUCCAGGAGAAAAUGUGAUUUGAGUCUGGAGACAAUUGUGCAUAUAUACUUUUCUUAAGAUCUUAAAAAGCAAGUCCAGGGUAGCUGAUUGAUAGAACAGAAACAAUAUUCAGAAGAUUGUUCAUGAUUGAAAAAAGCAUCUUCAGCUAGUUUGAACACACAACAUAUUUCAUUUGGACUCUAAUGAUGGAGAAAAAGUGUAUGCUGUAUUUUCUGUUUCUCUUGCCUUUUAAUAUGACUCUCGUUACAGCGGAGCCAGAAGAAGAAAUCCUGUAUGGCUUUAACCAAACAGAGCUGGGAGUCACUAGAAACAAGAUCAUGACGGCUCAAUACGAAUGUUACCAAAAGAUCAUGCAAGAUCCUAUUCAACAGGCCGAAGGCCUUUACUGCAACAGAACCUGGGACGGAUGGCUAUGCUGGAAUGACGUUGCAGCGGGAACUGAAUCGAUGCAGUAUUGCCCUGAUUACUUUCAGGACUUUGAUCCUUCAGAAAAGGUUACAAAGAUCUGUGACCAAGAUGGAAACUGGUUUAGACAUCCGGAUAGUAACAGAACAUGGACAAAUUACACUCUGUGUAAUAACAGCACACAUGAAAAAGUGAAGACUGCACUGAAUUUAUUCUACCUAACUAUAAUUGGACAUGGAUUAUCUAUUGCAUCCCUGCUCAUAUCUCUCAUCAUAUUUUUUUAUUUCAAGAGCCUAAGUUGCCAACGGAUCACCUUGCAUAAAAAUCUGUUCUUUUCAUUUGUUUGUAAUUCGAUUGUAACAAUCAUUCACCUCACUGCUGUGGCUAAUAACCAGCCCUUGGUGGCCACAAAUCCUGUGAGCUGCAAAGUGUCUCAGUUCAUUCAUCUUUACCUGAUGGGCUGUAACUACUUCUGGAUGCUCUGUGAAGGCAUUUACCUGCACACACUCAUUGUGGUGGCCGUGUUUGCAGAGAAGCAGCACCUGAUGUGGUAUUAUUUUCUUGGCUGGGGGUUUCCGCUGCUUCCUGCCUGCAUCCAUGCCAUUGCCAGAAGCUUGUAUUACAACGACAAUUGCUGGAUCAGCUCUGAUACCCAUCUCCUCUACAUUAUCCAUGGUCCGAUUUGUGCUGCUUUACUGGUUAACCUCUUUUUCCUAUUAAAUAUUGUACGUGUUCUCAUCACCAAGUUGAAAGUUACUCACCAAGCAGAGUCCAAUCUUUACAUGAAAGCUGUGAGGGCUACCCUCAUCUUGGUGCCACUCCUGGGCAUUGAAUUCGUGCUGUUUCCGUGGCGGCCUGAAGGAAGGGUUGCGGAGGAGGUGUAUGACUAUGUCAUGCACAUCCUGAUGCACUAUCAGGGUCUUUUGGUGUCUACAAUUUUCUGCUUUUUUAAUGGAGAGGUUCAGGCAAUUCUGAGAAGAAAUUGGAACCAAUAUAAAAUCCAAUUUGGAAAUGGCUUUUCCCACUCUGAUGCUCUCCGCAGUGCAUCCUACACAGUGUCAACAAUCAGUGAUGUCCCAGGGUACAGUCACGACUGUCCCACUGAACACUUAAAUGGAAAAAGCAUCCAGGAUAUUGAAAGUGUUGCCUUAAAACCAGAAAAAAUGUAUGAUCUAGUCAUGUGAGAAUAGAGAGCUCUCACCUGUUUUGUGCCACUUGAACCUAUGGUUUUAAAGCCAGAAGAUUUAAUAGUAAGUGGAUUUCUUGAAUGCCACAAAGAAAGUCCUCAAGUGAAAUGAGACUUGUGUUGAUAAAUUUAACAACCCUCUCUCUACGAGGGGAAAAGCCUCAACCGAUGAUGUUGGCCAGUAAAUACUCCCACUGUGACUGAUUUCAAGUUACCAACCUGACAUCACUGAACAUGGAAUUGGAACGAAGAUAAGCACAAUCAACUCUCGGGAGCUGACAUGCCUCGGAACCCGCACAACACAGCAGGCACUCACCCAUGGGUGACUGUGCACCUUCACACCCACACCGACCAGAGCUCUGCUCUUUCCACCGAGGAGACUUCACUCAAUCUUUCAGACACAAAAAGACAUUUUGAUUUUUUGUUUGUUGUAAAACUCUUUGUCUGUUUUUUGGUGGCAGCGAACAGUUUGUCCAGAAAAGACUCCAACCCUCUUUAGAAUGCCUCCAAUGGACUGUCAUCUCAUAUUCUUUUCUUUAAGAAAAGCGACUGAGCAGAAUUCCUAUGGGUUUCUCAGUUGUUGCUACAUACGGUUGUAUCCUGUGGCACAUCCGUUUUGACACUUGGUGAGCAAAUUCUACAGUUUGCAAUCAUUUUCUGAAUCGCUAGGGAAAUAUAUUGGUGGAAGCUGCAAACACUUUGCCAGCUACUUAAAAAAAAUCUUAUUGCAGGCAUAGGAGGAAAUCAGUUUUCCUGAAUCUGUAAAUAGAAACUCUGGCCUUUCCAUUUCUACUGUGUAGACAAGUGAUCAAUCAUUUUACAUGAAGAGAAUCAAUGAAGGAUUUCUUUUUAUCUUCUAAACCUGAGAGAGAGAGAGAGAGAGAGAGAGAGAGAGAGAGAGAGAGAGAGAGAGAGAGAGAGAGAGAGAGAGCUGUGAAAAUGAACCUGUAAAUACCCUGUCAUUUUAUUUUAUUGUUUCAAUUCAAAACACAACCUAGGUAACGUUUAAAGCAGAUAGAUAAUGUAGCAUCAUAUGCAACUUAGUAUCUGAUACAGUAUCUGGGCUGAUUCUAUGGUGAAGUAAAGUCCUGAAUUCUAUAUUUGGUAAAUAUUUUAAGGACAACCAGAUACCAGCAUCAGAAGUUUGAGAACCAAGAACAAACCCCAGAAAUAGCAGUGAUAAGAUAGGAAAUAUUUAUUUAAAAAUGCAAAGCCAUAAUUUCACAAACACAUUAUCUUUGGUGUGCUGACAUAUUUCUUCUUUGAUGUUUGUGACGACUCACUGAAAUCAGGAAAAUUUUAACAACUACAGCAAGAAAAGCUAGUCUGCUACACAUGUGGACUUUAAUUUACUAAAAUAUAACUUUAAUGACUAUUACUAAAUGAAGACAUAUGGUUUUGAAAAAGACCCAGGUUGUUUUUUAAAUGAACCAUAGAGGAAUUUUAUCUAUAUUAAUAAAUUUUUCUAAUAUUACUUUGUUCUGGGCUUUCUGAAGAACAAGAUUGACUUCAGUUAGUAAAAGUCAGUUUGGCGAAAGUCAUAUAUGUGUGUUUUGAAGUAUGUCAGUCAGGUCACAAUGGAUGAAAGUAAUGAUUUAGUCAUCACUAAUAGUGUCUUAUGCUGCAAUAGUUGUUUAAAAUCGUCAAGGAAAAUAAUUCAAAUUAUCAAGAACUGAUAUGUUAGAUGAUCUGGUAUACAGAUUUGUAAUUUACCUAUACAGGAAACGGAGUUACUAAGGUAGUUUCAAUUUUGUGGAUUUCAUAGCAAGUCAGCAUUAAGAAGGAAUGCAGAUUGUUCUGAACUUUCAGUUGCCAAAACUGUAUAAAACUUCCUUUUUCUACACUCAAAUUUAGCUAUUUAUUAUUCAGAGGCCUAGAUUCAUAUUUUUGCUGACAGUGUUCAUGUAGUUCUGCAUUCUUCUAAACUGUCAAGUAUUAACGAUAAACGAUAGUACAGAAUGCUGAGUUACUAGAGAACAUGUUUAAAAGGUAUUAUAAUUUUCAGUUUUAUUAUUCUUUUAUCAUAUUGAGUGUCGUUGAAAUUUCUUUACUGCCAGCACCCACUGUGGUGUUAUCCUCAGCUACACCAGUCUGAGAUCAGUCAGUAUUAGUUCUGCAAUGCUAUUUUUGAAACUAGACUUCUAUAAAGCUGAAGUGCAGAUGAAAACUUUCUAUAUUGCUUGCAGAAGAAGAAAAAAAAUUCUGACAGUUUUGUAAGAAAACUUCUCUGGUGCCUAGAAACUAAUUUGGAGAAUUUCUAGCAUUUUGAAAGUUAGAUCUAUCAUUUUCUACAAUUAUUUGUUAAAGUCAUGGCUGACAAUUUUAGAAGUGACUUUGUAUUUUUUUUAACUGAUAAAUCAUCCAUCCUGGAGUUUUGUGUUUGUUUAAAUAUAACAAACUGUAUAGAGCUUAACAGUACUCACAGUGUUGUACUACUCACUGCUUAGAUGUUUUAAUGUGAAUGUUGUAAUUUCCUUUGUGUUUUAAUUUGCUCACAGAAACAUUAUUCAAGAUGUUCCAGUCACUUAAAAGAACUUAUGCUAUAUCUACUUAAAAAUCUCUAUUUAGAUUUUAUGAGAGUAAUAAAGUUGCAAGUUAACAUUGAUGUUCACUCAUCUUCAUUGGAGUACAGAGUAAUUGAAUUUCUCACAAAUUUUUUGCAACAGCUAAUGAAAUAUUUUGCAAAAUAAAUGGUGAUGUCUUUAGUCCUUUCUUUAAAGACUUCAAUAAACUAGUAAGUGAAUUUAAUAAAUUAAUUAAAAAAGAUAUGAAUUUGUUUUCCAUGCUAAGAUUCUAACAUGCACAGAUUCCUAUGCUAUAAGAAAAGGAAAUUUCCUUUCAUAUAGGAAUUUUUUUAGGGAGUUUUUCUCCUUUCUGCGCUAUAUUUCAGUGUGUGGGUUUGUGUUAAAUACUAGAAAUAAAAUAAUGAAAAAAAUUUUUUUAAAGAAGAGAAAACAAAGUCAUAACCUCAUACAAAUAAAAACUUAAAUGUGUCAAAGAUUUUGUUUAACUCAAUAACUAAUGAUGGAACCAGUAAUAUGUCAUAAUUAUUCAAAGGAGAAUUUAAAACACCAUAUGUGCUUGGGAAUAUAAAAAUACAAGCAAAUAUACAAAAUAUUGUGUUUAAGAAUGCUAAUCAAAUAUAUUUACUGAUAAAAGUAAACACAACUGUAAAUACUGCAUACCCAGAAGAGAUAGGCAUUAAAAUAUUAUGCUAAUAUUGAUAUAGAAUUAAAAAUAACAAAAGGCUCACAUAAGGGAAAAUGCUUACGUUUAGCAAAAUUACUCCCCAUAAUAUUUUGAACUAUUCGGUUGG